GAAACACCCCCCCAACCUCCGCGGCAUUAAUCACCCCUCAUACAUGAAUGGCAGUGCGCAGCGCAACAUCUUGCGCAACGGAGGGCAGGGCUGUGCUUGUCCACACACAUUCCCAGCUCAGCGCAGCGCGGAGCGGAGCGGAGCGGCCAUUCAUUCAGCCCUUGCUGGAGCUGCAGCAUUCAGUCCUCCUGUAGCCCUCGGAGAGCAGCGAUGUUUUCCUGCAGAGCGGCCUGGCAAAGGUGUGGGCCUUUGGCGAGGAAAGCAGCCUACAGGUUGCCCAGGGAUGGUUUGCAGCGGCGGCAAAUGUCGUCAGUUCCUGGCGGGUCUGGGGAGAACAUUGUCUAUGCCUUGCUGUGUGGCGGAGCCUUCGUCGGUGCUGUCACAUAUGCGUACAGCACUGUGACCACAGACCAUGCCCGGUUCAAUGAGCGUGUUGCAGAAAUCAAGGCCAGACCCAAGACAGAGUGGGUGCCCAAACCAUGGCCACCCAAGAGCAGGGAUGAGGAAGAAGAGGGUGGAGAGGAGGAGGAGGCAGCGGCCGAGGAGGCUGCUGGAGAGGAGGCUUCUGGAGAGGAGGCCGCUGCAGAGGAGGCUUCUGGAGAGGAGGCUGAGGCCGUCGUGGAGGCUGAAGCUGUUGCGGAAGAAACUGAAUCAGCCGCCGAGGCAGAGGCAGAGACUGUGGUUGAGGCUGUUGCCGAGGCAGUUGCCGAGGCUGCCGAGGUCGUUGCUGAGGCCGCAGAGGGCGUCGCUGAGGCCGCACAGGAAGUGGAGGCAGUAGCGGAGGAAGUGGUCCAAGUGGCUGAAGCUGUAGAGGAGGCCGCCCAGGCUGUCGCAGAACCGCCCGCCGCUGCCGAGGAGCCCGAAAGCAACGUGGUGCUGGCAGCUGCCUCUGCUCAAGAGGUACCGAAGGUUGCUGAAGAAAACAAAGAGGUGGCACCUGCUGUUGAGGAAGUCAAGGAUGCUGCACCAGUAGAAGAGGUUGCUGCACCAGUAGAAGAGGUUGCUGCACCAGUAGAAGAGGUUGCUGCACCACCAGAGGAGGCUCCUGCACCAGCAGAAGAGGCUCCUGCACCAGCAGAGGAGGCUCCUGCACCAGCUGAGGAGGCUCCUGCACUAGUAGAAGAAACCCUUGCACCAGUAGAAGAGGUUGCUGCACCAGCAGAAGAGGUUGCUGCACCAGCAGAAGAGGUUGCUGCACCAGCAGAAGCGGUUGCUGCACCAGCAGAAGCGGUUGCUGCACCAGCAGAAGCGGUUGCUGCACCAGCAGAAGAGGUUGCUGCACCAGCAGAAGAGGUUGCUGCACCAGCAGAAGAGGUUGCUGCACCAGCAGAAGUGAUUGCUGCACCAGUAGAAGAGGAGGCUCCUGCACCAGCAGAAGAGACCCUUGCACCAGCAGAGGAGGCCCCUGCACCAGCGGCGGAGGCCCCUGCACCAGCGGCGGAGGCCCCUGCACCAGCGGCGGAGGCCCCUGCACCAGCAGAAGAGACCCUUGCACCAGCGGAGGAGGCCCCUGCACCAGCGGAGGAGGCCCCUGCACCAGCGGAGGAGGCCCCUGCACCAGCGGAGGAGGCCCCUGCACCAGCGGAGGAGGCCCCUGCACCAGCGGAGGAGGCCCCUGCACUAGCAGAAGUCAUAGCUGCUGAGCCUGCACCGGCUGAAGAGACCCCAGCAGUUGUUGAAGAGAUCCCAGUUGCUCCUGUGGUGGUAGAAGAGGCUCCUGAUGUAACAGCUGCUCCAGCUGAUGAGCCAGUCACUGCCACAGAUGUGAACGAUAUUGUUGCAGUGGCCCCAGUUGUAGAAGUAGUUAGCCCCAUGGCAGAAGAGGCAGCUGCAUCCCCUGUGGAAACCCAGGAAGAAGGUCCCAAAAGGGAGUACAUUGUUGUGGUUCUGGAGGGAGCACCCACGUCAGACAAGAGACCCAAGGUGCUGGGAGUGGGGCCCAUGAGUGGCAGGAUCAUCCCAGCUCCAGACGAUGAUGAAGCCCCUGCCUCUGAGGUAUCAGGGCAGACGGCGGCUUCUUAGGAUGCAAAUGCAGUAGUUCCAGCUAAGAGUGAACAGCUCCUGAAUGAUGACUUUCCACACUGCAGAAGAAGAGGACGUGCCUUCCCCCAACACUUUCCCCUCCUCCUAUUAGACCAAAUUACAGAGCACUUACGUGUUGUCCCAAUGCUAAUACACACAUACUGUUUUAGAUAGAUGCCUGCGAUAUGGAAGAAUCUCUUUACAUGUUAUCAAUGACCAAGAUAUAAUAUAAGAUAUCACUGUUACAGUAGCUGUGACACUGCACGCAGACUUGGAAAACUACACUGUGUACUUCCCAGUUGAGCUCAGUCAGUGGCUGAGCUCUUGCUUCAGUCUCUCAGCAGUUUGAAUAACAUCUGUACAUUUCAGUCUGACAGUUGCGGACAAUACUGAGCCAUCCAGUUUCCUUAUCCUUACUGUUACAGUUGUAUGUUUACUGCAACACCAAAGUCACUCCAGUGCUACAGCUUUAUAUUUGGUAGCCUAUAACACGCAGUAAAUAUAAUCAGAGUCCAUAAAGUAAAGCGGUGUUUUCAGUCACCAGCAUUUUUACAAUACCUGGUCUCAGGUUUUUCCUUUUUUGUGUUGAUACUGAGUGGCAAAGGCUUCCCGUUGAUCUCAACAUGUGAAAAUGGGUCUCAGUAGCUGCAUCGCUACCUCAUUUUUUGCUUCUGUAGUUUUCAUUCUUUAAAAUGACACGUUACUGACCUGCGCUGAUGCAAUCCUAGUGUUACGGUUCCUAUAUAAGUCAAUAACUCAAGGAAGGCGUAGUUGCAAAGCCAAUAACUUUGAUAAGACUCAGUGGAUUCUUGUAUAAAUGCAACACAGUUUCUCUGUAUGUACUAAUUCACAAAUGUUAUCACUGAUAUGAAAUCUCUUGUAAGAUUUCAUUAGGCAGACUCUGUACACUUUUGUCUCUUUAAUUUGUUUGGCAAGUUGUUGUCACUCCUGACUUCUUUGGUCACAUCCUUAGAGAUUGAUAUAACUUAUAGUUGUAGUUCAUUUUUAUGUAUAAGCAGCAGCAUUUUCUUUGUCUUUUUCUUCUCUGUUCUUUGAAAGAGUUUGACUUGUGGAGUUGGUCUAAGAGUCUGACUUGUGUGUAUGUGUAAUUUAAAGGUUUGCAGCAAGUGGAACAUUCAUUAUGUUGGUGUGCAUUUGUGAUACUGAUGUUUGGGUAUACUGUUGAAGUACAUUUGAAGAAAGGCUCCAGUGUGAGAUGCUCUGUGGUGAUGCGGCUCCUAUUCCUUCUGUCCCUGUUUCAAAUCAGCUGUGUAGGAAAAGGGACUGAGAUCACUGAGAAGAGAAGCGAACGUAAGUGUAUUUCUCCAUAUUUUAGUGAUUCUUCUGAAUAUUAUUCAGUGAGUCUGUCAUUAUUGCUCACCGGCAGAUUUUGUAUAGUGAGACGUGAAGAUGCCUUUGGUUUAGCGAAGGGCAGAAACUGUGACUGUUUGACUCUUUUCCCCCGCAAAAUAAAGAGGGA